UCAUCCAUUCAUUUUUUGCGAAAUAUACAAUGAUAUCGAUAUUUACAAUUGAGCCUUUUUCAAUCAAUCCCAAUAAGCUGUUCUUUUUUAACAAUAUAUAAUGACUCAAAAUAAUUUUUACACCCGAUUUCGGGGUGAAGGGUACUUCAAAAUUAUAACGGGAUAGAUAACAAACAUCGAGAGGAGCCACGCAUGCCCUCUGCUAGGAAAUUUUAGUGUUGAUUGUUGUGUUAGCGGUUUGUAGAAUUAAUAAAUUGACGUGAGUGAAAAUACUUCGAAAUAAAGGAUAUUCCUAUCGAAUUUGAGAAAGUGGGAAAAUUACUCAAAAAGUUUUUUGGGUCAAAAGGAAAAAUGACUGCCAUAAGUUGAGUGAACCUCAAAUUUGCGUGCAGCUGCCAUGUAGAUCUACCGCGUUUUUUGAAUAGUUUACAUUCUAAUUGUAUAUUUUGGUCGAAUGUAGGUCUAACUUUUGGGAGUUUUUCCCUUUAUUUCCGAUAUGUAUGCUAAAGGAAAGGGAUCUGCUGUGCCAUCAGAUGCUCAAGCAAGGGAGAAGUUAGCACUUUAUGUAUAUGAAUAUUUAUUGCAUGUUGGUGCUCAAAAAGCAGCUCAAACCUUUCUAUCCGAGAUAAGAUGGGAGAAAAAUAUAACCCUGGGGGAACCUCCUGGAUUUUUGCAUUCCUGGUGGUGUGUGUUUUGGGAUUUGUACUGUGCGGCUCCUGAAAGAAGGGAUACGUGUGAGCAUUCAUCAGAAGCCAAAGCAUUUCAUGACUACGGCUUCGUCAAUUCUGGAUAUGGUGUGAAUGGAUUAGCUCAUAAUGCUGGACCUGCCCCCAGUCCACUAGGGCAAAUGCCACCCUCUGACGGAAUGCCAGGAGGUCCGAUACCUCCUGGAUUCUUUCCUAAUUCUGCGAUGAGACCUUCACCUCCCACGCAUCCCUCCAAUCAACCGUCCCCUCAUUCUCAACCACCCACCCCACAUGCACAAAUGAUGUCAUCACAACCUUUCAUGGGGCCAAGAUAUCCCGCUGGUCCACGACCUGGUGUAAGAAUGCCUCCAUUAGGAAGUGAUUUCAAUGGUCCUGGUGGUCAGCCUAUGAUGCCUAAUAACAUGGACCCAUCCAGGCAAGGUGAAGGCGGAGAGUUUGUAGGUUGGCAAGGUCCACCUGGUAUGAAUCCCCUGAAUAGAAUGAAUCCUCCUAGGGGACCGUCUAUGGGACCCAUGGGUCCUGGUUCAUAUGGUCCAGGUAUGAGAGGUCCUCCACCGAACAACAGCAUGGGACCAGGUCCUAUGCCCCCAAUGUCCAUGACAGGUCCAGGAGGCCGACCACAAUGGCAGCCUAAUACGUCUACUCCCAUGAAUUAUUCUUCCUCGUCGCCCGGUAACUACGGCGGCCCCCCUGGCUCUGCGGGCCCCCCGGGACCGGGUACACCGAUAAUGCCUAGCCCCCAGGAUUCCUCGAAUUCGGGGGGCGAAAAUAUGUAUACAAUAAUGAAACCCGCAGUUGGAGGCAACAUGCCGGGAGAGUUUCAGAUGGGGGGCGGGCCCGAUUCCGGUUCGAUGGGCCCCAUGGGCCCCAAUUCGAUGGGACCGGUGAUGAACGGAGACGGGAUGGACGGCAUGAAAAACUCCCCAGCGAACGGCGGCCCCGGAACGCCUAGGGAGGAUAGCGGAAGCGGCAUGGGGGACUAUAAUUUGGGAGGAUUUGGCGGUCCAGGAGAAAACGAUCAAACGGAAUCGGCGGCUAUUUUGAAAAUAAAAGAGAGCAUGCAAGAAGAGGCCAAGAGAUUUGAGAAAGACUCGGACCACCCUGAGUAUUUCAUGCAAUAACCUUACUAGCCUCUUUUGGCUGGUGGACGCCUCUCUUCCUUCCUAACUCGUACUAACAUGGGCGGUGGUCUGCUCAGUGCUCAGCUCUUCCUGCCCUCAUCGUUGCGAGCUCAUCUCAUAUUGGUUCAUUACUAGUCAUAAUCGUUUUCUGUUUGCAGAUUUUCCUUUGAAGGCUGAUUUAUACCAAUAUGAAGGCAGUGAAUGGUUUUAACAAGAUCCCACAACUAAUACCGCUCGGUCCACUACUUCAGCCUUGGCGCUGGUUGUGAUGUAUUCAGAAGUAAUCCUUCAUUCAAAUUAGACAUCCAGACUAGGGGCCCAUUUUUAUCUGCUCACCCACCUUUUGAUAGAAUGUAAUUGAUACGUCUUUUGAACAACUAAUUAUGCAGAGAUGAAACUGAUUCGAAAACUCGCAAAUACACUAAGACAUAGUUCUAACUGUACCCAAAUUGAAGCCAUUUUCUUGACUCAGUAGAUCUCCAUUUUUUUCCAUUCAUGUCGAUUCUUGGCUCAUUUUACCUGUCCAUCAGAUAAUAACAGAUAUACCGACCAGGUUCAAUACGAAUUUUAUAAAGAAGGGAAAUGGCAAAAGUGAGACAUAGUAGAAGGAACUUAUUUGACCAGAAAAUAGUGAAAACUAUUUUAUCCUAUUAUCGUUUUCUGUUUGACUUUUUAAAUAUUGUAGUCGCAAAAUGUUAACGUUUAUUUUUGAAAUACUUUCAAAUGAUUUACUCUUCGAGAUAGCCUUCUUUCAAAUGAAUCAGUCAAACCAUCAGUAAAAACUUUCGGGGCAUGUUUGAUAUUUCCUUUCACUUGUCAUCUUUCGUUUCUUGAAUUGCAAUAUUAUAUAUGUAAACAUAUAUAUGAUUAAUUUUCCAGAAUGGUUAGAUCGGACAAAAAAUUUUUAUUUUCAAUAAUGAAAAUAUAAAAUUUAACAUUUCCAGCUCGGCCUCCAGUAGUUUAAUAGUUUUAUCCUCUGUUAUUUUCUCAUCGCUCUUUCUUGUGUACCAUUCGACUGGGUUUCACUUCAAUUUUAUCAGUAACUGAGGGAGCUUUAAACAGAUCAGCUGAAAAAACUGAGUAUUUUCCCUACAGUGAUUGAAUCAUUUUUAUUCUCCCCAGCUAUUUUAUUUAUCUAAUGAGAAUUGUACAUUUAGAAUAAUAUGAAUAAUUUUAGGUUUAACAGGUUGUAAUUGUGAUAAAUGAUGACGAUCUUGCCAGGUUAUAUUUUGAUGUGUUAUUUAAGUUAAAGUUGUUAAAGUUUUGUGAAUGUUGUUAGUUUCAGAGUCUGAAAUACUGUCAUAUAUUCACUCAUUGAUGGUUUUCAGGCUUUUAGUCUAACACUGUUUGUUCCACGGUGAUAUGUCAAUAUUAAUGUAAUUUGCAGGUAAAACUGUGCUCUAGAUUCAAAUUAUGGUGCAGUACUUAAGAGAUGUAAAUUAAUAUUUCAGAUUUAAAAAAUCGAAGAUUAAGAUGACGCACCAUACAGUCUGUAGCCUGAUUAUCAUAAAAAAAAUGUAAAGCAGAGUAAUCUGGAAUUCAGUCAGAAAUUGCAUGUCUUGUAUUCAAACAUUCCUUUGGGGGCAGAUGAGGAGCAAUAGGACGUUCAGAAUUGGCUACGAGCUCCUUGCUGGACAGUGCCAAGAACUUCUAUGCCCUAAUCUACCUCGGCUUUACUCAUUACUAUUAUUUUAUUUAAGUACAUGCAAUAGGCAAAUGUAAUUCUCUCCCUUUUUUCGAUUUAAUGAAAUUGUACCUUGAAAAUGAUGAAGCAUCACAAAUCAUUCGUCACUAGACUCAAUCAGGACUUGUGAAAAGUAUUUAUUUUUAAAUUUUGUUCCAAAAAGAUGAAAUAUAUAUAUAUGAACUUUUUUGAA